AUGAGGGUGAAAGACAAAAUAUAUAUUUCCCCAUCUGGAGUACUAAAGGAACGCAUUCAGAGAGAGGACCUUUUUGUGCUGAAUCUAGAGGGAGAAGAGCUGGAUGUACCGCCACCCUACAAGAAGCUACAUAGGAGUUCAUGCACCCCAAACUUCCUGAAUGCCUACACACUUCGAAAGGCCGGCUCAGUGAUGCACAUUCACUCGAGGAAUGCCGUGCUGGCUACACUGCUCUACCCAGGCAGCGAAAUCCGCCUCACUCACCUGCAGAUGAUCAAGGGCAUCCAUAACCCGACGACGGGGGUAAAUUUCAACUACGACCAUGAAAUCGUGAUUCCGGUGAUUGAGAACACGAGGGAGGAAGUCGGCUUGAAGGUGCCCAUGGCAGAGGCGAUGAUUAACUAUCCCGAGGCGAGUGCGAUCCUCGUGCGCAGACAUGGCAUCUACGUUUGGGGUGACACGUGGAAGCAAACCAAAGUCAUGCUGGAGUGCUUUGAACACUUGCUCGAUCUAGCGGUACAUAUGAAGAUGGCUGGAUUAAAUCCUAGCGAGGCUCCGUGAGGGUGGACCUGCAUAACCAAGCGCAGUCCAGGCGCAAGAAUCUUCCGCGGAUUUUCCGGGAUUUUAGUUCUUGGUUUUUAUGACGUAUGAAAUCGAUGCAAAUCUGUUAAAGUGAUUACGUCACCGUUAGUAGUAAAAGUAAAAAAAAAUAUUUCCACUUUUUCACAAAAUGCAAGUAAC